AUGGAAGUCGACCAUCACAAGGCUUCCACCCCACUGGAGUUCAACCCAAGUCAACUCCAACAGGAGCCUGUUACAAAUACAGACAAGAUGGUCAUUUGGCAAGAUAUUGUCUUGACCCUCAACCAUGGAGGAUGCUGGGGUCCAUCUUCUGUUGUCAGCCUGAAUACUGGGGAUCAGAAUGCCCCCAUGUGGCUCAUUCUCUAUGCCAAGCCAUGGAGGGGAGAUCCAGCUUCACAAACACUGGUAGCUGAGAUUGUGACAGCCUUUGAACUAUGCAGUCUGCCAGAGUGUUGUGCCCAGGGCAAGAAGGUUCCCAAAGAGACCAGGGAGACAGACCCACCACAGCAAAUUCACAAGUUGUAUUGCACUUCUUCUACUUCGGGAAAACACCAAAUUGCAGAUGACGCCGGUGAAGCGGGAGGGCCCGGAGGACCCGGGGGCCCAGGAUUAGGAGGCCCCAGCAGCUUCAGCGGAGGCUUCGGCAGCGGCCUCAGGGGCCUUGGUCGUGGUCGAGGCCGUGGCCAUGGUCGAGGCCGUGGGGCUCGUGGAGGUAAAGCUGAAGACAAGGAGUGGGUCCCUGUCACCAAGCUGGGCCGCCUGGUUAAGGACAUGAAGAUCAAGUCCCUGGAGGAGAUCUACCUUUUCUCUUUGCCCAUUAAGGAAUCCGAGAUUAUUGACUUUUUCUUGGGGGCAUCUCUUAAGGAUGAGGUUCUAAAGAUCAUGCCAGUACAGAAACAGACAAGGGCUGGCCAGCAGACCAGGUUCAAGGCUUUUGUCGCUACUGGGGACUACAACGGUCAUGUUGGUCUUGGUGUUAAAUGCUCCAAGGAGGUAGCCACAGCUAUCGGAGGGGCCAUCAUCUUGGCCAAGCUUUCCAUUGUCCCUGUGAGGAGAGGCUACUGGGGGAACAAGAUUGGCAAGCCCCACACUGUUCCAUGCAAAGUGACAGGCCGCUGUGGCUCUGUGUUGAUGCGAUUCAUCCCUGCCCCCAGAGGCACUGGCAUCGUCUCUGCUCCUGUGCCCAAGAAGCUACUGAUGAUGGCCGGUAUUGAUGACUGCUACACAUCAGCCAGGGGCUGCACUGCCACCCUGGGCAACUUUGCCAAGGCCACCUUUGAUGCCAUCUCUAAGACCUACAGCUACCUGACCCCUGACCUCUGGAAAGAGACUGUGUUCACCAAGUCUCCUUAUCAGGAAUUCACUGACCAUCUUGUGAAAGCCCAUAUCAGAGUCUCUGUUCAGAGGACCCAGGCUCCAGCUGUUGCCACCACAUAAGGGGUUUUAUACAAGAAAAAUAAAGUGAAUUAAG